CCCAGGCCCUCCACAUUUACCCCAUACCUCCACCAACUGGCUGGUACGCUACACAUGCAAAUGACCUACGUUGUUCUUGCUUCUGGAAACGAUUGGCAUGCCUCCCCGUUUUUUUUUCCACCUCGUUCCCAUACUCAUACUGGUUCGUUCUUUAAAACACCGCGCACGAUGCUCGGACCGGACUCUCACGACUGUUUUUUCAUUUAUCGCCGCUAUACCACUCACUAUCUGAGUUGAACGCGUAGGUGGUACAUGAACGUUUCAGCUGUCGAUUGCAGUAACUUAGGGUUACCUCUAUGCAGAACCAUUAACUAGGCAAAUAACAAAG